UCAGCUGAGCUGAGCUACAAAACAGAUGUUGAACAGUACCCACUGUGUCGGUUUUACUGCAAAGAGCAAGAAAGUAGAUAGCAAAAUUGAAUGAUAGAAGAAGAUGAGUGAAUGUUUACAGAGGUAGAGUGCUUUCGUCUGGCUUUUCUGACGCCAGCAGGAUAACUUGUUCUUUAUGUUUCUCUGUAUUCAUCUCUGGUGAUUCAUCCAAAAAGUCUUUUUGUUGGAAAAGUGUUCUUCAAGUGCUUAUUGAAAAUAAUUUUACUGUAAUCGCAAUUGGAUUUUAACAUUAUUUUAUCUGCUGAACAAAUCAUAAACUUCCAACAUGUCUCUUUAUCCAUCCCUAGAAGAUAUGAAAGUAGAUCAGAUGCAUAAGGCACAACUGAGCUACCCGCAACUGAUGACUGAACCCGCAAUGCCCGCCCUGACCCGAGGCGUGCCCUCUGCCCCGAUGUACCCUAGCUUCGAGACCGCCUCCCCUCCACCCCCCUACUCCUUGUCCCCCACCGCACCACCCUCUGCCGCCCCCAAAACAGUGACGCCAGGGUCGUUAGCGCUCUACCCCACAAUGGACGAUUUCAUGGGCCUUGAACUCUCUCCCGAGGUGCUCCGAGCCAACAUGCUUGACUACACUGUUAGUGUACCCAAUGUUGCAGAAGCUCCCGCUGCCUUACCACAACAGAGCAUAACUGUCGGUGAACACAACAUGGUGGCUCCUCUGUCUGGCCAGACUCUUGGUCUCCAUAGAGCUCAAGUCACUCAUGGAUUGAGGGAGGUGACGCUAUGCAAGGACGCGGCAGGUAAGGUGGGGCUGCGCGUUUGUGCGGUGAACAAGGGUGUGUUUGUGAGUGUGGUGAGCCGUGAUUCGCCGGCCGCCUUGUGUGGCAUCCGCUUCGGCGACCAGAUCCUGCAAAUCAACGGAGUCAGUGUGGCCGGCUACUCCAUGAGUCAAGUGCACGACCUCUUCCGCAAGAGCACUGUCAAUGGCAUCAACAUUAUACUCAGAGAUAGGCCUUUCGAGCGCACCAUCACCCUGCACAAAGACAGCAUGGGGCAGGUUGGCUUCCAGUUCAAGAGCGGCAAGAUCACGGGCCUCGUCAAGGACUCGUCGGCGGCUCGCAACGGACUGUUGACUGAGCACAAUCUGCUGGAGGUCGACGGACAGAAUGUCGUUGGUCUCAAGGACAAGGAGAUAACUGCUCUCAUCGAGAAGGCACCCACUGUCAUCACCAUCACAAUCAUUCCUUCGUUCAUUUUCGAGCACAUGAUGACCAAGAUCUCGCCACAUCUGAUCAAAUCGAAAAUGGAUCACUCUGUGCCAAUGCUAUAAGAAAGUUGAAUGCUGCUGAGAUUCGUCAAGUGUUCUGAAUAGAGAUUCAAACAAGAGUAGCAAAAUAGAGUUUGGAAAUAAGAUAGAAAUAUUUCAAAUUCACAUCAAAUAAAAAUGUCAAUUGAUCCUGAUACUAUUUAAAUCUAGGAAUCACCUUAUAGCAAUAUGAUAAUUGCUUUUAAAAUUAUUGUUGACUAGCAUGCCAUAUGCAUAGCUCUGAUUGCUAUCCUCUCAAGAAUCUUCCUCAAAGUUGUACAUAAUUGUUGCUUAAUAUUUCACUGUCAUUUUUUGAAACUUUGCUUUGCACUCAUACAAUGAACACCAAACCAUGUUUAAUACUCGUAUUAUUGAGAAUGCUUAAUAAAAGAAACGUUUUGUUGAAGAACGAAUUCUUGGACAAAUUUUAAAUAAUUGGUCAUAACUAGAAUAUUAAAUGCUGUAAAUUUAUUGAUUUACAGUCUUGAAGUUUUUAAUUUUAAUAUAAGCUUAGCGUCAUCUUUUAUUUCCCAAAUUCUAUCUCUUCUGAGAACGUUCCCAGUUCAAUAUGUAUUCAACAAUCCAUUCAUUAUUAUCAAGUUUUCCUGUCAAAAACAUGCAGUGUAAACUAUUGAAUCUGGGGUAGGCUAUCCUUGUACGAGUAUUUCUUGUCUUGGAAAACCAAUUAGCCAUUCUUAAUUGAAAAGCUUUUCUAAGUCAACAUUCAUGUUCCAAUUACAGAAGGUCUACUUCUAUUAAUCUUGUUCGACUUGACAAACUUUUUCCUGAAGAUUGCAGUUUUAGACAAUAUCAUACCAUUCCAUGUGGUAGUAAAGUGCAUUCCAUAUAAUAUACUGUUUUAACUAUUUCAUUCUCAAUUCUUAGAGUAUAUAUCACACUAUAUUAUAUAUAAUAUUAUUCCACGUAUUUUAUAUAUUAUAUUUUAUACAUAGAAAAUAUAUUCAUAUUUCAUGGAGGAAAUUGUAUUAUCUUCUCCAGCUAGUUUCAUCAAGUUAUAUUAUAUUGCAAUAUAAUAUUUAAUAUAUUAAAAGUUAUAAUAACAAUGAUUGAUUCAAUCAAAUUUCACUUCUUAUUAUUUUUCUAAAAUUAGUUUGAAUUUCUAUAGUAUAUUAUAUCUCCUUAUUUGUGUAAUGAAAUGAACUCAAAUCAGAAUAUUCGUGUAUUAUACUAAAUAGUUUGGACUGACACAUGUAUUUUGAAAUACCAUCACUCUUUAACCAGAUAUUUGUAAAAAUUUGGGGUUCUCAUGCUUUAUUUGUGGUAGUUGAAAAUUUGAUAAUUCCACAAAGUAAUAGUACUCGUCAUGAUUUUCAACGUUUUAGCGAAGUAAAUUAUCAGUAAUUUUUUACAUAAUCUUCUUGUGGAUCGAAAACUUAAUUUCUCUCAAAUUUCUACAUUCAGUUACUAAUUCUUUUCAAAUGGAACACUCCAAAUGCUUUAAAACUAAAACUCAAGUUAUUCUAACAUUAUGAUAAGAAAGUCUAAAAAGCGUUAAUAUUCACCAACACAAGAUUGACAUGUAAGAAAUAGUUUGAAAUAUUGCUGAAGUAACAAUUCUUGUGCUGCUUGGUGUCGUUUAGAAUCUAGAUCCGAAUUUAAUCUAGUCAAAAAUCAUAAGUGCCAAAUUUCAUCACACAUUUGACGAUUGCACCUAAGUUAUGUAUUCGACAACCAGUUACACUUGAGUUUUUAUGAUCACCAAUUUAGGAUGAUUAUAGUUUUUCGUACAUAAAGAGCACCACCCUAAUAUUAGAACUAUACUUUUCAUAAAGGAUAAAGCAUUGAGUAAACUAAUGGAGUAGGAGGGUUAAUACCUAGAAUCGACUCAACAAUUGUAAAUAACACGUAUGAUAAUAGUUGAUUGUACAAGAUAGUAUGAAUACAACAGAAACUUUAAUGCAUAGUUGAUAUUUCUGAUAAAUUUAUAGCAUUGUUUGUUAAUAGGAAAGCUAUGUAGUUCUAAUUGUGUUAAGAGCAUGGUUUAAUGGUUAGAAUGAUGUAUUUUUUCACGAAUUUGACUUGCAAUAUGUAGCUAUAGUUGCUAGUUAUCUAUAGAUACAUGUAAACUAUAAUAUAUUCUGUUCUCUAUUUAUCUUCCCCCUUCUAAUUUGUUCUUCAAUUUUUUACAUGCUUUAGUUCACUCAUAGUGAGCGAAAGGUCUACUUUUUUUAUUGAAAUUGAAUUUUUUUCAACGCCUAUUAUUACUGCAUAGUCUUGCUUAGUAUUAAUAAUAGAAGUUGAAUGUUCUAUUUCCAGUGGCUCAUCCCAACAAUUAAUAGUGUCUUCAUACCCGGUUUUGACACUUUUUCAAGAUUUGAUUCUCUGGCAACUGAAUUCUCUUUCUACAUUCUCUUCCAACUGAAUUCUCUUUCUACAUUCUCUUCCCUAUAUUCAUCUUCAAUCCUUUUCCUAACCUUCAACAAUCAUUGCCAAGAUAGAAUUCAUAAUUUCUAUAGUUACGUUACGUUUACCUUCAAUACUGGAAAAAGAGAUUCAUGCUCCAAAUACUCCAGUUUAUUUUGUAAAGUUAGAUUUGUUAUAUUUAGUAAAACACUGUUAUAUAAUACAAAUUAACUGAUCAUAGCUAUCUGAAUAUUAGAUUCAAUACCGUUGAAGAGUUAUGAAUACACAGUUUGUAUUAAAUUGUUUGAUGACUGAUGUAAGAAUAUAGUAUACAAUAUUUCUGCACAAAAAUUGUUAGUUUUAUGUCAUCUGUUCUAGUUAUACUCAUCUGUUUUUAAAUUAUCGAGAACAAAUUAAUUUUUACAGAUAGCAAUAAUUAAUUGUUCAACGGACAAACAUAAUGGAUUGUACCCAUAUUUAUUCAGAAAAACAUAAUGAAGUAGUACUGUUGAUAAUAGAUUUAAAAAUGUUACUGUAGAUUUAAGGGUGUUGUAACGCUUUCUUUUUCAUGCUCGCCCAAUCCACCAAUUAUGAGCUUGUGAAAAUUACAACGCAUCGCUGUAUGUUACAACACGCAGCUUGGUUAACAGCAUAACACACACGCAUAACCACUGUCUAAUCAUUUGUAAUAUUGCCUACGACGUGUUCCACAACAUUUUGUGGCCUCAAAUAUAAAUAUUAAAUCGUUUUCUUCGAAAAACUUUUUCAGUUCUGACAAAACCUAAUCGUUGAAUCUGUCACUUUCUCAAAACUCAAGGGUAUUUUUAGUUUUUAUAAUUGUACUGACUCGUUAGAUUUUUCCUAAUUCACGUUUUAACUUACACAAAGACUGUACGAAUAAUAAUUCACUGUGCAAUAAGAUGUGUAAUAACUGUUGAUAUACUGGUAUUCAAGUUGAGACUUAGCAGUUUAAUUAUCCCUAUCAUAGUUUUAGAUCUUAUCACAUACAGGGUUAUAAUUAAUUGAAAACAAUCAAAAAUUUCCAAAUAAAUGUAGAGUGCGAAUUUGUAAUUUGUCUCAUGUUGAAGUAUUUU